UGUGCAUGCAUGCAGAGGUCAAAAGGGUAGCGUCCGUUGCGAGGAGGCGAGACGCUAUCUCGUUGGUAAUGACAUUCCACCCAGCUACAGGGCCAUGAGUCACUCUCUAUCGACUCGAAGUUUCGCUGCUUUUCAGCGGAUCAGUAGGAUGCGAUGACGCCGGUACUGUAGGCGCAGGUAGUGAGAACGAUAUGCUUGGUUGUGCUACUGAUUUGGAUGGCCCAUUUGAGAUCUGCUUGAUGGAGGUCAAAGGUCAGAGUUCAUCACCCAACUAAAAAGCAACAGGAUGGACAAACUACACAGGAGUAUCAAGACCGUACUGUGCAACUAAUGUGAGAAAGGGGGAAAAAUGUCUACACUUAACACUUCUGUAUGUUCAAUCUCAAGUUCUCCAAUUGAGUAGGCCUACAUGAUGCAAAGAAGACCAAAUAGGGUAUAUAUUUUGUCUCAUAGCAUUUAGGAUUAUUUAAUUUAAGUUUAACUUCAAAGGCAUUAAUGCCAGCAUGAAAGACUUGACGAGGAUGGAAGAUUUGUACAAAUUCUCACUCAUGAGUAGGACACGUAGAACACAGAGAAGAGGUUCUGGGAUGCUGGUGCUGGCUUAUUUAUGGACGCUGUUUUCAUUAGCGAGGACUCAGAGCGGGGGAAUAAGUUUGAAUCAGGAAUGCGAAAGAACGCUUUCAGAUGGAACCGUAGAAUAUCUUGCCUGUUCUGCGAGCUCCGAGGCCCUUUCACAGCUGGAUUUAUCUGUCACUGUGGAUCCGGUCAAUUCAACGUGUGGACUCAGUCCUGAUGUGAGCAGAAAGAUCUACAGCACUCUGGAUUACGAUGUCUUCGUAUGCGAUGCCUCCAACUUUUCCCUAGCCCAUCCUCCGGAGUACAUCAUAGACAGUCAUGACGGAGAUGUACCAACGUGGUGGCAGUCAAUAUCAUGGUACGACUACCCUCUCCCUCUGGAAGUGACCGUUACCCUAUCCCUUGACCAUGCCUACACCCUAGUGGACAGUAUCGACUUGACCUUUCAGUCAGGGCGACCAAAGCAAAUGAUUCUGGAGAAAUCCAGCGACAGAGGGUCCAGCUGGGAAACGCUGCAGUACUAUUCUACAGACUGUCUAGAGGAUUUCUCAUUGGAUGAUACGAGCCAGUCUGACAUUAGAAACGCAUCAAAAGUCAUCUGCACAUCAGAGUACAGCGGAACGUUACCCUACAGCGACGGCCAUGUAGUGUACAGCGUGGAGGAACGCUUAGCUCUUUUAUUUUCUGAUGGUCUUACACCAGAACUUCAGGUUGAGGCAUAUCAGAACGAUACCGCAUUUCGUGACCUGUUGACCCUUACAGAUCUUAGACUGCGGUUGUUGUAUCCUGCAACGGAUGGAUUAGAGAUUACGGGGCAGAGUUUCAGUCUGAUCAAGUAUUAUUAUGCCAUAUCCAACAUUGAAUCUUACCUCACAUGCAACUGCAACCAACAUGGCCGCUAUUGUGCCCCCUCCCCUCUGAAUGGGAACGUUGUCUGCGAGUGCUUCCACAACACCAUGGGAACUAAUUGUGAGCAGUGUCUGCCGCUCUACAAGAAUGUGCCCUGGAAGGCGGGGUCGUUUACCCCUUACCCCUCAGGGACUGCCAAUGAGUGUCAGAAGUGUAUGUGUAACGAACAUGCCGACAGCUGCACCUACAAUGAGACGCUUGGGUACGGGGUCUGCCAGGACUGCUACGACAACACGGCGGGCGACUUGUGCCACAUCUGCAUAGAUGGCUUCUUCGGCAAUGCGUCUCGUGAGAGAAGUGAUCCUGAUGUUUGUAUAGAGUGCAACUGUGAGCCUCUGGGAACUGUUGGCAACGGUACAGAGUGUGCUCAGUUUGCCGAUGAUGUAACAGGCUCUCCUAUUGGUCAGUGUGAGUGCAGGGAGAAUGUAACUGGAAGAGCAUGCGACCAAUGCGUGGACAGCUACUAUGGACUUCUUCUGGAGCCUGACCCAGGCAAAUGUAGAGAAUGUGGCUGCAAUGAGCUUGGAACGGUAAAUGCCACAGAGUCGUGUGAUCAGACCAGCGGCCAGUGCUUCUGCAAGCCUAACAUUGACACCAGGAUAUGUGGAGAAUGCAAGGAUCAGUUCUAUGGCUAUCCUACCAAUGCAGAUAUGGACUGUUCACCUUGUGGCUGUGACCCUGGAGGUGCUAUGUCGUUGACCUGUAACAAGGUCACCGGUCGUUGUGAUUGCCGAGGGUUCAUCGAAGGGCGGACAUGUACAAGUGUGGAGAAUGGUUACUACUAUCCAUAUCUAGAUGUUAAUAGGUAUGAUGCUUGGGAGGCCAAUUCAACCUGUGUUCAUCGAUCUGACUUCCCAUCUGAUGCUUUCUCAGGCCAGGGGUAUCUGGAGUGUGAUGCAGGAGAUAGGAUUGUCUUCAAUGGCAUCAGGGCAUAUUCCAACGUUACAGAAAUGUUGUCAAACUAUGUUGUACUUCGUUACACCUACCUCUCCCAAUCCCCCUGGCUCAUGGCAGCACUUAUCAUCACCACAGAAGCUACUGAGGACACCGCCCUCUCUUGCCCAUUCCCUCCUGGCACUGACGUUGCAGACCUUGCCUUCUCUCUGGAGCCUGGCGAAGGUGUCACAUGGUCUUCGGAUGUGUCCCUUGAUUUCCAUCAAGGUUGCUCUUACUCAGGAGUUUUGGAACUGGACAAUGCUGGUCUUGGGACGGACUCCAUGGUGAUUGACACUCUUGUUCUCUUCCCAGAUCCAAGUUCGUUUACUGUGUAUCAGAUUGCGGAUCUAGCACAAAGAGAUUCUCAUGAUGACUGUCUCAAGAUUGUUGCAGCCUACUCAACUCGUUCUCUUGCCCUGGAAGCCUGCCAACCAUUUACCUUCUCACUCAUGAUGGAGAUUGUUGGAGAAGCACUCGAAUGCAGCUGUGAGGAAGUAGGCUCCCUUCCACAGACUGUUUGCUCGACCUACGGAGGUUCUUGUCUCUGCAAGCCAGGGGUCGGAGGUCAAAACUGUGAUAGGUGUCUGCCUGGCUUCUUCAACUUUACCUCCAACGGUUGUCAAGCUUGCAGCUGUGAUCAAGACGGAUCUAUCACCCAAGCUUGUGAUUUCAUCACCGGUCAAUGCCCCUGCAAAUCAGGCGUGGCCUUGCAAGACCAGACCAACCACCUUGGCCUUACCAGCGACCUACGAUGUAGUGCCUGUCAGGAGAACUUCUUCAAUUUUGGCAACCCUGACGGCUGCCGAGCUUGUGGUUGCCAUCCCUUGGGCUCUGUGGAUCUCCAGUGCAGUGAAGAUGGGGUGUGUAGUUGCCUGGAUACAGUCGGCGGGGUGAAGUGUGAUAGCUGUCUGCCGAGCUUCUUCAAUCUUACCUCCGAAGGAUGCAGCCCCUGUGAGUGUGACAUGGGAGGCUCUCUCACCUCAGAAUGUAACAACGUAACUGGGGUCUGCUCUUGCAAGACCAAUGUCGAGGGGUCAAAGUGUGACAGAUGUCGUCCAGAAUUCUUCAACCUAGAUAAUUCAAAUCCCAACGGCUGCCAGCCCUGCUUUUGUUACGGUCACGGGUCAACCUGCAAUGCAGCACCAAACUAUGUCCAGGAUUUUGUGACGUCUGACUUUUCACAGGGAAGUACUAGUGGAUGGCGUUCUUCUGACCCAUCGUCAUUAAACAUCAACUCUGCAAACAUCCGUGUAUCCCACCCACCUGGCCUGGGCAACGGGGCAUCUGUGUAUCUGAUCGCGCCUGAGGAGUACCUUGGUUUCAAGCUCAGCUCCUACGGAGGCUCCUUCACCUUCUCCUCUAAGUUGGAUGUCGGUAGCGUGGAAGUGUUCUCCAACAGGUAUCUGGUGUUGACUGGCGGGCCGCAGAACAUCAGCAUCUUUUAUUCGGCAGAAGAGUUUGUCCCUACGGACCAGCCGACAGAGUUUACUGCAAUGUUCUUUGAAGAACUGUGGAGAACGGGAGAGACGGAGAGUGAGCUUACCGUGCAACAGUUUCAAGAAAUUCUAGCCGACAUCACCAGCAUUCAAGUUCGGGCGUCAUUUGGUCCAGGAACGGUUAGCACGUUCUUUAGUGUUGCCAUGGAGAUAGCAUCGUUGGCUUCAAGUUCUGAAGAUGUGAACAAUGAGUAUGUGACCGUAGUAGAACAGUGUGUCUGUGAUACCUCCUCAAAUACAAUGGGUCUCUCCUGCAGCAGUUGUUCCAAAGGUACCAAGCGUCUGACUUCCUUUGGACCCCGGACGGACAUCUGCGUGCCGUGCUUUUGUAAUGGGCGUUCCUCGGCCUGCGACCCUGAUUCGGGCGUCUGCAUUGGCUGCAGUUCGGGUACAGUGGGGGCGUUCUGCGAGAGCUGUGCGGCGAGUGUCUUGGAGCCAGGCUGUAAUCAGUGCAUCCCGGAUUAUUACGGCUUUGGAACUGACCUGUUUGAUGGAGCCUGUUCAGCCUGCAACUGCAACACCACAGGCACUGGAGAUGCCACACAGUGUGACAACCAAAGUGGCCAGUGCCCUUGUGUUGGCAACUUUGGUGAACAAGGAUGCGAUGGAUGUGCUUACAACUACUACAACUAUGAAUCUGGUUGUUUGAAAUGUGAUGUGUGCUACGACGGCAUCGAGACCACUCAUCUCCAACUACUGACGCUGCAGCGUAACCUGUCCACGUUUGUUUUGGACCUGGAGGAGAGGGAUAACUCCUCCCUACCAGCCCCCUUCUAUCAGCGUCUACAGGAGACCAACGAUCUCCUUGCAGAACUUGUGGAUGUGACAAGCUCAACUGUCCAGGAAGGGUCCAAUCUAGAGAGCACCAUCGCUGCACUCAACAGUGCCAUGGAAGCAUUAUUGGCAACACUAGAGGGCACUGUUCAAAACGACAUCAUGUUCGCCCAAGGAAAUGCCACCCUUACAGAGGAGAAUGCUCGUCUUGCCAUAGAGGCCAUUGAUGUGGUUAACGCUGACAUUACCCUGGCUUAUGAAACCCUUACUAGUGGUGAUUUCCAAGCAGCCCAGAGCGUGCUUGAAGGGCUGAGAGAUGACCUCAUGAGACAAGCUGUCCGAUUGGAGGAAGUGAGGCAACAGACAGCCAAUCAGACGGCCGCGUUGGAGCAGGAUGUCCAACACAUCAGGGAACGGACCCAAGACACAUUACUAGCCGCAGAUAAUGUUUUGCAGACCGCUCAAAUGGUUCAGGUUGUCCACGACAACACAACUUCAAGAACAGCCACAGAGGUCACUCAUGCCAACAAUGUUGCGACCCUAGCCCAGCAGACCUUGGACGACGUAGAAGCAUUACUUGAAAGAGCUCAGGAGCUAGACUCCUCCUCCAGGCAAAAAGUGGCAGAUGUUGAAGCGGCGCGCACGUCUGUGGAUGAUAACAGGAUCAAUCUUGUGAUGACAGAUGCUGCCCAGAAGACUAGUCAAGCAGAGUCUGUGGCCGCACAGGCAAACUCAAAGUUAUCCGGUGCCCAGAACACCAUCAACACAAUCGAGAACGCCCGCAUCACGACGGAGAACACUCAGAUAGAUGUUGAUGCCACGGUAACCGAGGUCAUGGGACGGAGAGAUAGAGCAGCAGAAGCCAACCAGGGUUCCGCUAGCUCCGUCAGGCUUUCUCAAGAUACAUUUGAUGCUGCUGGAGAAAUGCUGGCAGUCACUUUAAACUUUGAUGCCCAGGCAUCUGGUGCACAAUCCGCGGCUUUUACUUCAAUAGAACUGGUUCCAGGAAUAAACCAGCUAGCAGACGAGAACUUGGCACAGUCUGGACAGUUGAGGGCUCAAGUCGGUGGAGUGGCGAGCACAGCAAGCGAAGGGUCAACAGUAGCCACUGAUGCAUUAACUAUUACGAACAACGAAGGACAGUCUGUGAGGCCAAUCCAUGAGAGAGCAGAACAACUAUACACAGAAGCGGCUAACCAGCUCACAGACACAGACCUGAUAACCGAGUCUGUGAACCAGCUAGACCAGGACCGGAUCCAGCCUUCGCUAAAGGCCUGUGAUGCGUUCCAACCAGACAUAGAUGAUCUGGAGGCAUCGUACACACUAGCUACAGCCAAAGCAGAAGAAUCGGCCUCAUCCACAUCGGCCAAUCAGGAAAGACUUGACGCUCUCCUGCAGGAGCUCAUGAAUAUUCAACAGGUGGAUACCAGCCAGUUACCGGAUCUCCAAGCGAGGCUUCAGACGUCGAGGGCGCUCUUCUCCACGCGAGAGUACGCUGUGAUAAUCGGAGCACUUCAGCAGGGAUUGGCCGAGCAGGAAACUUGGCUGGAGGAAACGAGAACUGGUAUUUCAGAGCUGCAAGGACAAAUCGAUGCCUUGGAGAGCUUCAAUGUAAAUCCAUAGGGUCAUCGUCCUUUCCACCCCCCCCCCCCCCCCCCCCCCCUCCACCCCACUGCCAUGGUUAUUCAAAUGUAAAGACUUACUGCUGCCUAUAUUCCCUUUAUGUUAUCUCCUGGUAAGUCUAUUGGUUUGUGUGCUUCUUUCAUCCAGGAUUAUUUUAGAAUAUCUGCAGGGCUCAUUUUGUUUGUUUGUAUUCAACACGUUCAAUACCAUAGUUGAUUCAUCUAACCAAAAUUAUAGUACACUUUUUAUCUCAGAAAAUUUACUUUAGAUUUGUUGUUAGACAUCAUAGAACACUGUAUUAUGUUAAUUAGCUUUUUUUUUUUAAACUAGCCAUGAAUAACGUCUGUCUCAUUAAAAUUUGGUGUCACCACUAGGGUUAUGUACAUUUGUAUUACCAUGCAUUCUCCUUUGUCAUUCAGAAAUACUUAAAUUUGUUUCAACAAUCUGUUUUACAUAUCGAUUUUACAAUAAAGACUUAUUCAAACUUCAUGAAAGAAAUAUAUCUUAUUAUAAGUUUACAGCUAUGUAAUGUGCUAAUUUGCGUCAGUUGGAAAUAUAUUUAAAUCAAAGUUUGCUACAAUUUUUUUUUUAAUGAGACCUACAUGUAAUACCAAUUUCAGUAUUGAUCUUGAAUGCAUGAUUAUCAAACCUUUUCUUCUUGGUAGCCCUGUGAUCAAAUUUAAAUCCGGGAAGUAUUUUUGAUAUUGUAUGAAUCUCAUAUCAUGAAAAGAAUUAAUCUUAUUUCCUGGUUUCAGUAGUGUUAUUAAAUUUUGUAUACAUGUUAUUGAAAAUGAAAAUUUGAAAGCAGAAGAUUAUUUUGUGGUGGAACUGAUUCCCAAUUUCGAAGUGCUGUGUACAUUUAUUGUAAACUUAAACAUUGUAUUUUGAUGCCAUCUUUCUUGCAGUCUUUGAACAUACAUGGAUGUACAUGCCAUGUGUACAUGUAUACACCAAUAUUAUGAUUGGUUGUCCAAUAGUCUUUUUUUUUUUAAUUAGGAAAACAAUUUUAAGUGUAUAUUCAGGUUAGUAAAUUUAUAGAUUUGGAGCUUUAAAGUACUGUGAUAUACACUAUUUGCUUUCUAUGUACUUUAAUGAGGAUAAGUUUCAACUUGAAUAUUGCGUACAUUUGAAGAAGAAAAAUGUCUUGAUUUGUUUUAUGGUGUAUCCAGUCAUUAACAUAUUUGUAAUGCACAUAUAUUUAUGCUUUAUUUCCUGCUGUGAAGUAGAUUGUUUGCACUGUUGAGAUGAAAAGUUAAUACAUAUUUUAAGCAAGCAAAAUAUCAAACUUUUUUUAAUGUGUAUUUAUUGUUAUUUACAAAUUGUUUUUGCUUAAAUUGGUUGUGUGUGUACAUUAUAUAUUUCACUCAGUGUUAUACUUGUAGUGUGUGUGAAGAAUAUACCUGAAAGUCUUAGAGUUUGCCUAAUGCGUAAUUGAGCAUGUACUGGUCAAUCAUGGACAUAUUAUUUUAUUUCCAUCAACAAAUUAUAAUGUGUUGAAUAAUUGUUUGCUGUCAUAAUGUUUUGAAAUUGUGAGAUUAUAAUUCUAUGAAAUAAUUAAUUAAUAUAGAAGCAAUAACAAGUCUUGUCAUGAAUUUCCAAAGGUUUCUUGCCUGCUUUACUUAUGGUAUAUUUCCAUGUUUGGUCAGGAAUCAUUUUAAUGUAGAAUAUAUAAUAUUAGAUAGCUCUUACAGAUGAAAAGUUAUGAUUGGUCGAAAGCUUGUCACAUGAUAAUUAUGAGGAUCAUGAUUAGCUUUUCACUCCCGGUCAAUUUUCGAUGUUAUCACCUGGGCCCUGUCCUACAAAGAGUUACGAUCAAUCGCAAGUUUGCAGUCUCCUAUCUCUUAUGUACAUAGUUGCAAUUGCUAUCAACACUUUGUAAGACGGGGCCCAGGUCAAAUGAGUAAAGUUUUGCAUCACACCAUAUCCAAGCAACCCUGCAGGCACUAGCGCGUACGUAUCGUUUGCAUUUGAUGCUGAAGGCUGACCGGCUCCAGAAACAAAAAAGACAUGAGAUGGCAAUUAUUCUUGAUUUCAUAUUAACAACGUGACACAUAUAUUGUCUGGUAGGAUGUGAAACAUUACAUUUUUGGACCACACAGGAGAUAUACUUUCCCUUGAGAUCAAGGAAUUAUAUUGUCACUUCAUGAAAAUAUAACCCCUUGUGAAAAUUAUAGCUCCCUUCAGCAGUUCAAAAAAAAAAAGUUAUAUAAACACUUUACCAGUCGAAAUAUCUAUAUAAUUCUGCUUCAUGUAAUUUUAUUUUGCAAAGAGCUCCAUGCCAGUAUCAUGCAUGCAAACAAAUUUAGCUUUGACAGAUAUUGUAACAAAAUCAUUGAAUUGAUUAUUAUUUAAUGUUUGAAUCUUAAUUUUAAUCAUGAUUACUAUCUGAUUUUGAUAAUUGUAUGCGAGUGUCUCGUUGUGCCAGUUCUGUGUUCAUAUGCUUCAGUUCUGUAUAAUGUGUUUAAAUGAUGUACACUUAUAAAUAUAUUCUAGUAUAGACAUGUAAAGACAUGUCAGAAACAGAUAGCAGAUGUACAGUAAGUGAUAAGACACAUAAUCUAUGAUAAGAAUUUGAGUAUUCUCAGCUCAUUUCUAAAAAUGAACAUUUGAAUCUUAUCCUUUCAAUUAGUAAUUGAAGAUAAUUCUCUCAUUAAGUAAAUGACAUUAUUUUUAAUGCAGUUGUUGGAUAAAAAUUUCCAGUAUUUGUACAUAAUGUGUACUUGUCUUUCACCUGUAUAAAAGCUGAAUUAGAUAUUAGUACUCCCGUACUAAAGAUUUUAUAGAUAGGUAUUUCUAUUUAAUGCUGCAACCGAAAAUUGUCAUUAUACAUAAACUUCUGCUUUAUAGAAAUUGUAUUUUUGUCCCUAACUGUAUAGCGUUGUAUGAUAUAAUUAAGUAUUGUAUACUGUACCUGUGGAUGCUUAUUUAUCACUGUACUACUUUUUUGCUGAUGUUCAUGCAGCUACAAUAUUAAACAAGCCAACUGCAAUAAUAAUGAACUGAAUUAUUGAAGAAACAAAAUGUUAUGGGUGCUAACUACCUUGUAAUCAGAUUGUGAUGAAAGAAAUGUUUUUCAUCACAGACUUUUCUAAUUCGAUAAGUAAAAAUGAUUGUAUACCCUCAUUUGUAAGGAUCGUUUUAAUUAUGCAGUAUACGUAAUAGUUUCCACUGGUAGAUAUGCAUAUGAAGAACAAUAGUUGUUUAUAUUGGAAUCAGUGUGUUCUACUUUCUAGUUAACAAAAGACAUUCUUAGAUAUUACUAGAAGUCUGUAAGAUGUCUUCAAAAAGUGGAUGCUACCAAGCUAAUUCAUAAUGCAUUUUCAUAUCAAAAUAAUAUGUACUCUUUCAAUGCAUAAUCCCAGCAUAUAUUUCAACAUGAAUUUCUCUGAGAUAUAUAAAGUACUUCAUUUACCAGUACUCCUUGCGAGAUCGUGGAAAAUGUAAUUUCCCCUUAGUUUCUUUCAGCUAUUUAAAAAAAAGUAUUGGGUCUUUCAAUUGCAUCCAAAUAAACUAUUCAAGUUUUAAAUUGUCUUCUUUAAUGAAUUAUGCAUAUAUAUGGGAAUUUGAAGGGAAAAAUAUUUCCAGCUUCCUUUUUAUUGAGUGGUUUGCUUUUAAUUGUUUUUAUUUGGUUACUUUUGUCUCUUCUGUUUGGGAAGAACAGUGAGACAGCAUGAAACCUGAUAUAAUUAUGUACAAAUUUUCUUUUCUUUUCUUUUCCAUUACAAAAAUGUUGUUUGGCAUUUCCUGUGGUACGUGUUGUUACCACACACAAUACCACAUGGGUAUCAUUUUCUCCCCUAUUAUAUGUCAAUAUGUACUGUUUAAUGCUAGAGUAUCACCUUGAAUCAAUUUUGCUUUAUGAAAUUUAGAUAUUAGAUACUUUAUAUGUCAACAAUGGGGGUAAUUUCAAAUGGAUCUUGAUAUUAUUAUAGCCUAUUGAUAAUCUAUUUCAUUAAGAAACUGAUAGCUGCAUUUUGUACAAGUGUACUGUAAAUGUACAUCUUUUUCAUUGAAUGUUCAAAAUGUAAGUUUUCCAUAGCAGUACUGAAAUUAGAGUUCUCUCAUUGAAAUUAUACAAACUUGGUUGUCUUCCCAUGAUCUUGUAUUCGUUUUAAUAAAAUUUCAUAGGAAAUACAUGUACUUGAAAUGUACAUUUCAUCACCUUGAAUAAAAUCCUGAUUAAAACAGAUUGUGAUGAAUAAAA